UCGAGAAUCUGGCAUCCUGUCAAUCGCCCCGUCAAGUCGAGUCAAGCAUCUGUUGAUUGCUCGGCUGUUCGGCUUGGUCUUGGCGGUUGCGGAAAUAUCCGCAGCUGCAGGUGAGACGAACAUAACGAUGGGCUUGUAUUUGGCUAGAUGACGUAGCAAGUCUCAGCCACGGCUCGUGUUGGGAAUCGCCUUCAUCUAAGUUAUUGCAGUGAACGCCGUUCAGCACUUUAAGCGUUGGGCUUGGCAGCCGGAGUUAGCUGUCAUGACUUAUCUCCUACGGAAUUAACCAGGCUGACACGAGGAGACAAAGAGCAUCAUCUAUGAAGAUGUAUAUAAAGAGUGCUUCAGCCCCAGGAAUCAUGUCUUUGCUCUAUAACACAAAGUGACUACGGUCUCACAUUCACCACUACAGCCAAAAGCCAAUAGCAGCAAUGGCCAACAACACCGACCUCAAAAUCGUCUUCGGCGCCAUGACAUUUGGCAAGCCCAACACCCUGGGUGCGCGCGUCUCCGACCACGCAACCGCAUCCACCAUCCUCGACACCUUCCAAAGACACCGCCACCGCGAGAUCGACACCGCGCGACUCUACGGCCACGGGUCGUCCGAGGAAAUGCUCGCCGCGCUAGGCUGGCAGUCGCGCGGCCUGACCGUGGCCACGAAACUGUACCCGAACGCAAGCAGCCAGGUCCCGGGGGUGGAGGCGUACACGCACACGCCCGCGGACGUGCGGCGGGGGCUGCAGGACAGCCUGGGCGCGCUCGACGCCGCGCAGGUCGACCUAUUCUACCUGCACGGGCCGGACCGGCGCGUGCCGUUCGCGGAGACCCUGCGCGAGGUGCACCGCCUCCACACGGAGGGCCGCUUCGCGCGCUUCGGCCUCAGCAACUUCAUGGCCUGGGAGGUGGCGCAGAUCUGCGAGCUAUGCAUCCGCCACGGCUGGAUCCGCCCCACGGUCUACCAGGGGGUGUACCAUGCGCUGCAGCGCAGCGUGGAGCCCGAGCUCCUCCCCUGUCUCCGGAAGUACGGCCUCGCGCUGUACGCCUUCCAGCCGCUGGCCGGCGGGUUCCUGACGGGCCGGUACGCGCGCCAGCAGACCGAGUUCGAGGCCGGGUCGCGCUUCGAUCCGGCGAUCGUGCAGGGCGCGGUGGCGCGCGGGCGCUACUGGAAUGAUACGUACUUUGAUGCCCUGGAGAGCAUCCAGGAGGUGUCUGGGCGGUUGGGGCUGACGGUGGCGGAGGUGGCGCUGCGGUGGCUCAAGUAUCAUUCCGAGUUGCGGGCGGAGCUGGGGGAUGCGAUCAUCGUUGGGGCCAGUAGUGUCCGGCAUCUGGAGGAGAACCUGGCGGAUCUGGAGAAGGAGCCGUUGCCGGAGGAGGUGGUCAAGGUGCUGGAGGAGGCGUGGGGGUUGAUUCGGGGGGUUGCGCCGAACUAUUGGCACUGAUUUGGAGAAUGGGGUUUAUGUUCAUGAAGCGUUGAGAUAGCGUUGUACAGCACACUUUAAACUGGAGGACGUAUAGUUCAUUAUGUUCGAACAGAAAGACUUCAUCAACAAUGAUGUUCCAUGCGAUAUAGCCCAGCCAUUCGCUUCAUAUAUAGGUACAGUAUAGUCACAUCUCAAU